UUUCCCCAACACCCAAACAGAUUCUCACUGUACUCUCCCCCCCUUAUCUCUCACCUCAAAAACAUAUGUGAUACCCCAUAAUAACAAAUAACCUCCAAAUCAUAAACAGUUUAGGAUUAUAUUAGUGAUUUCCAACCACCCAGGUUCCAAGCCACACCUUAUCCUUGUUUCUUUCUCUCAUCAUUCCCUGUAUUCAUUCAUUCAUUCAUUCAUGGCUUCCUUUUCUCUUCCUAAUCACUGCUCCCUUUCAUCCCUGCACCCAACUCAAACUCGUACAACCACAUCAUCUCCUCAAAACCCCCAAGUCUUCUCCAAGUUAUCCAAAUCUCAAUUCCACGGCGUCAAACUCUCCAAUUCUGCUUCUCUUUCAUUUCCAUCUUCUUCUUCUAUGAAAAGUGUGGUUUUUGCCAAGGUGAAAAAGGGUUCGGUCCCACCAUCCUUCACGUUGAAAGAUCAGGAUGGAAAGACUGUGAGCCUCUCCAAAUUCAAAGGGAAGCCUGUGGUUGUCUAUUUCUAUCCAGCUGAUGAGACCCCUGGCUGCACCAAACAGGCUUGCGCUUUCAGGGAUUCUUACGAGAAGUUCAAAAAAGCUGGAGCAGAGGUUGUUGGGAUCAGUGGUGAUGAUCCAUCAUCACACAAGAACUUCGCAAAGAAAUUUAGACUUCCAUUCACGUUGCUAAGCGACGAGGGGAACAAAGUGAGAAAAGAAUGGGGAGUGCCAGCUGAUCUGUUUGGAACAUUGCCAGGGAGAGAGACUUAUGUUCUUGAUAAGAAAGGUGUGGUUCAACUCGUCUACAACAACCAGUUCCAACCUGAAAAGCAUAUCGAUGAGACCCUUAAACUACUUCAAAGCCUUUGAAAUUUCCUCUGUGUUUUUUCUUUCCCUCUUUAUCUCUCCCAGUCUUUUUUUUUCCAUUAUCUUUUUCUCAUAUGUACCAUAUUAAACAAGCAUUUGUUCUUUUAUGAUUCAAAGCCUGUUAUAUUAUUACUUACUAGAGCUCUUAGUAUGUAUAUUCACUAGUAAUGAAGGCAAAAUCUUUUCGUCUGC